AUGAAUAAGUUUUACAUUCAAUUUGUUUUUUUUCUUUUAACCAUACUCAUAUAUGUGAAUAAUAAAACCCUUGCAUCUGAGCCUGCUCCAAGAACAUCUACAACAUCCGAAUCAACAUAUCAAUGUCUUACUCUAGAAGAAAUAUAUGAAAAAAACAAGCACCUAUUAUGUAGCAAUCCAGAAGAAGCUAUAAAAGCAGGUGAAGUUAUAAACGAAGCUGUGGAAGCUUUAGAAUAUCAUGCUGCAAAUAUAGAUGAUUAUGAAGUUUAUGAAAGAGAUUCUAAUAGUAUUUUGCUUUUAUUUAAAAAAAAAAAAUACGGCGAUCUAGAUAUUAAAAAAACCCAUUAUGUAGCUAAUACAUCCUAUGAGUAUAAUGAAAUAAUAAACAUGGCAUGGGAUCCUGAUUAUGCCAUUUUUUUAAAUAUUAGCUCUUUUAAAAUUGUCCGUGUGUACAAUCCAACUUUAGUAAUUAUACAACAACGUUACAAAGAUAAUUCCAAGAACCGUCAGAAAUAUUUUUAUGCUUUAGCUGCAUAUGUUGAAAUGUCAAAAGACAGAACUAUAGUUGUCAGGGUUUCAGCAGAUAUAAAUGAUCACAAUCCUUCCAAUGAUAAAUAUAAAAACGAAAUCGUAAAAAAUGCAAAUUUAUUCAAAAUUGACAUUGAUGCGGAAGAUGAUAUUAGAAAAGGGGAAUUGGAAAAAACGUUUGUUAACAUAGCUGGAUACAUUGUUGAAAAAAAAGGCAAUAUAAUUGAAAUCACCUAUAUCGAAUCUAUUAAUAAAUAUUGUACCAUUUAA